AAUGCAGCAGAGCACAGAGUAGAGAAGCAGCGUUGCUCCAGAAAUCCGCUUCGUCUUCCUUCCUUCCAUCCUCCUUCCAUCCUCUUUCCAUUCUCGAGCACAAACGCUUUGCCACUCCGACGCAGCAUCGGUGGACACCAAACUGCAGACCCCGUUACAGCUACACGCUACGGCGGUUCCUAUCCCUGCGCGUUCCAGUUUCGCCCUUUUUCCGUUACUCUGCAGGGCACUCCCUGUUUGGUCGCGAACUGGAUUCUUUCAUCUCUGCUGUUGACAAUCACUCUUCGCGACCACUGCGAGACCAUGAUUAGCAUCGUUCAAUAAUAGACGGCCCAGCGUUCGUCGCACCUUUCACCCAGUUUACUUUGAGCAGCAACUUCUCUCGCGCUCGAAUAGGCAGCAGUUGCCACCAUGACGUCCGCACAGUCCCCACAAUUUGUUUACGGCGGUUUCUCACCCCGUCUUUCCGACCAGCCUGUAGUUUCCCUCACCCCAUCGCCACCCCGACGAAUGCCGGGCUCUCCUUCAUUCGCCUCUCCUUGCCGGGAGCACUGUACGCUGUCCUUUGGCAAAAUUCCGCUUCCGACCUCGACCGCCGUUUCCACCGACUCCGAAGCUGGUACUUUCAGUUCCGAUUGGCACUGCGCUAGCGAUGCCCGGAACGGUGCUCAGUCGCCUUCACUCAUCACUUCGCUUUUCCAAACCAACUCUUUUUCCCGAUCAAGGCUACCUUCCGCUGGGUCAGCAUCAGGGUCUAAUCCCGUAUCACCCGCGACGACUGGCGUGAGCGCUACAAAACCUAUAUUACGGAGAGAUACGUUCUCGACGAACGGUGAGGACGGUUCACGAGAUCAUGAAAUGUUCAACGGGUUUGUGUUAGGUGUGGCGAGGGUGCCGGAAGAGGAUCGAGCGGCAAUGGAUCGGCUUCCACGAAAGAAAAAUCCCUCGACGUUGACUUUUGCUGUCAAGCCUUGCCCUGUUUCGACUGAUUCGGAGGCUGGGACAUUCAGUUCAGAUUGGCAUUGUCAUUCGAACGCUUUUCCUACUCAAGCGAGACAACCGCCAAGAUCUUCAGCGACAGCGCCUGCCCCGGUGAUAUUAAACGGUAUCUUGAGCCCAGUCGAAGGUAGCGUUGGCGCGACGAAGCCGAUUUUACGGCGAGAUACAAUCUCGGCAGCUGAAGAAGGCGGUACGCGUGAUGGCGAGAGCAAUGUGUCAAAGGUGCCAGAAUGUGACGAACAAAAUGUCUCGAAUCAGCCGCCGUUGAGAAGAAGACCUUCAGCACUGACAUUUGCCGUCAACCCUUGUCCCCCAAUGUCCCCUCGCUCUAUUAAUGCUCAAUAUAACCAACGCACCCGAUCUCGGUCGACGUCUACAUCCAUAUCUAACAUGUCCACCCUUCGUUCUCCACCUCCCAGCACCCCUUCUUGGUGUUCUACACAUUCGGAAGAAGAUUCAGAAGAGGAUGAAGAUGAAGAAAAUGAGGACGAUGAUGGGUUUGUGGAAUCACCGAUCGCGAUCCCUGGUCACGAGUUUGAUUCCGACGAGGGGUAUCAUGAAGAUGAGGAAGAUGGGUUUACGUCGGGUGAGGACGACGCUGUCACCGGUAUCGGCACUUUUACAAACAUGGCCAAGUUUCAAAAUCGGCCUUCAUGGGCCGAAACUCGAUGGGCCAGUCCUAACGUUCCUUCUACUCCCCGUCGAAAAUUUGGAUCAAAUCGGGAGCACGCGUACCCUUCUUACCUGCCGUCGACAUCAGACGACGGCGAUGUUGAAGCUCCUAUUCAACCUGCAUAUCAGCGUGGCCGCUCUUCCAUCCGUAUACUCACCGAUAAACCUUCUAACUCGCAAUGCUCUCGCCAUCGUUCACCCCCUCCUCCCAUCAUCACCGCUCCACCAGCAGCAAGGUCACCUUCUGCUGCUGAGCUCUGUCGGAGAAGAGGAAGUGCUGGUGCUGGUGCAUCGGCGUCUGCUUCCGUCUCUGGUAUCGCUUCCGCACGAGCAUCUGGUGCCACCGUCGGUCCAGCCAAGAUCCUCACACGAGGCUGGAAGUCCGAUGACGCUGCAUUCUUCCCAUCUCGAAGAGAGCCCCAAUCCGCAACUGUUGCGGAAACGGGUCGAACCAUUCGUUUCCCAUCGGUCCCUCCGGCGCCUAUUGGAGAACGAAAAGCAUCUUUACCACUUCUUGUUUCUGCUGGUCCCGCGAACACCACUGGCGGUAUGGCAAACGCCACGCAGACGCCAGCGCAAAUGCCAUUGCAGGGUCGUCAGCUGUCAACCGGUGGGAUACUAAGAAGAGACAAGUUGGAAGAGAUGGAAAUCGCCAGAGGGAAAGGUGAGCGGUUGGAACCUGGUGGAGGAUUAUCGAGGAGUUUGGAUGGGGGGUUUAUGGGGGAGAUGGAUAUGGGUUUGGAAGGUGUGGAAGAAGGGAUUGAGGGGAUGGAGAUGUGAUUGGUUCACGUCGGAUCGUUUUGAAUUCAUUGAUGAUUGAUUCUCGUCAGUAGAACUGUAAUUCAGAAAAAAAUCGUUGUUCGUUUACGAUAUCAAUUGGUUCAUGUGUCAGGAGAAGAAGAUUAUCAUUGUGCUGGCUUGGUGGAAUUUGUUGCUUGUUGCAGUUAUUGAGGAAUUUGGUUGGACAUGGGCCGGAAAGAGUUUAGACUGAAGGGAGAGGGAUAGCACUCUACAUUUACGAAUAGACUUAGCAUUUCUAUAUAUCUACAGGCAGUCCUGUUGUUAAUGGCAUCCCGCAUAGGGUAAACACAA